AUGGCUCCAAACCAUGGCUGCUCGUCCACUUCAGACAGGGGCCUCCACAUGAUGACGUGGAUUCACCUUGGCAACGCUCGGGAAGUGGAGUCCUGGGUGAAUCGGGGCCUUAGCGUUGCAAAGGACUGGAGCUGUUCUGAGCAUAGAGUGCACAUCAUGGUCCCCGAAGAUGCUGGCAUCGCGCAUCUGUAUGCAGCUCGGCAUGCGCGCACUCCCGGAAGUCUGGAGUGGCUGAUCUAUGGCCUGGAUAGGAGCUCGCAACUAGAGAGGGGAGGCAAGUUGGAUUCGGCCAUCCACCUGCUGGGCCCUAAAGAUGCUCCGCCAGAGGCGGGGGUUUUGGUGCCCGUGUUCUUGGCGAAGCACGAAGAGAAGACGGGAGAGAAGCAGCAGGAGGUGCCCCUAAAACAGCUGUCAACCAAAAUCAAACUUGGCAGCCAAUUGACAAGCGGCCCCGAGCGGCAGAUUGGCGCGUCCCCACUGCUCGAGAGCAGCCCCGAGCUCUUAGCUAAGGAUUCGGAUGAUGAUCGCGAAGGAGAUGACUGCCUCCGCAACGGUGCUUCUUGUCAAGAAGAAACUCCUCAGGCUGUUGAAGAAGUUUCCCAGCACGUGGACGACGCAAGGAAUCCAUGGACGUAG